AUGCUGCUCACAACGCUCUUCAUUUCAGGAUCUAUUCCUCUGGCAUAUAAAUUCAUUUGCUCCAAUAAUAAUCAAACAGAAGAACAUGAAUUGAAAGAACAUCCCAUCCAGGGAAAGAGACUAUCUGCUCGCAUACGUUUGUUUUCGGUAGGAAAAUCUGUCGAUCUCCCAUCCCCUUCUGCUGAGGCUUCUAAUUGUUAUGUUGAAGACAUAAUGGUUGCAAAAAUUGUCAGCUGUAAGGAAUACAAGACUUUAUUUGUGAUUGGACAACAAAUUCCUCUUCAAGGAUCCAUGAGUGAGUUUGAGGACCAUCAGUUUCAAAUGAAAAUGCUUCCAAGUAACCCGACAGUCACCUUUCAAGUUCCUCAGUACGUAAAGAAGAGUGCAGAAAGUGUUUCAAACAAAAUCGCAAGCAUUUUACAAUCGAAUCAAAAUCCAAACGAAAUUCGCAUCAUUUUCUGUGGCCACAGGAACGGAGGUGCCAUUGCUAACUAUUCUGCCUUUGUUUUUGCUGUCACCAAUUCAAGAAAGGAAAAUAUCUUUGUUGAUACCAUUGAUUGUGAAUCCUAUGUUCCCAAUAACAAUCAAAACGCACCCACUAUUCAAUCACUGGAUGAAUAUUACAGAAAGGUCAUUCCUUCAGAGGCGGUACGAAACUCUCUGUCCUUGUUUGGAUUAUUUCGUGAUGCAUUUGGAACAAUUCCAGGAGGGACAGUGUUUCAUUGGGGAGGAUUAUGGAAUUUGGCCAACUCACCAAUAAGAGCCAUCUUGGAUAAAUUGUCAAACCUUUUCAACGCCAUUUUGAAUUUUCCUUCGUUUGAGGAAUUCAUGAAGCGUUUGCUCGCACCUGACCGUUUCUGCUAUGAGGUUAACAACUUGUUUGAUGCUCUUGUUAAAGCGGUGGUUCCAGAAGACCAUUCGAAUGUGCAGAAGACAAAGUCGAUUUGUCCCAUGUGA